AUGGAAGCAGCAGCUGAAGAAACCCCACAAGAGAAUUCAGCAAAUAAUGAAGCCGAUGUACCUGUGAUUGAAAAAUCAUCAACUCCACCUCCUCAAGAUCAUCCGAAGAAAUCAAAGAAAGAAGAUAGAUCAAAAAAAGACGACAAAAGUGUGGAACAGCUUAUGAAGUCGCUCAACUCAGUUUCAACAUUGGAUGAAAAAUUCUCUCUGGUCUGUAAAAAGUAUGCGCAGACUGUUGACUAUAAUAAAAAGUUGCAGUUCUUUAAUAAACAAUCAGAUAAACGGUACGCCUUGCUACUGAAAGAGAAAGAACAGUUGCAACAUGAGUACAAUAAAACAAUACUUGUUAAGUCUAAACUUGAAAAUCUUUGCCGUGAACUCCAGAAACAAAAUAAGGCUAUCAAGGAAGAAUCACUUCUCAAGAUCCGUGAAGAGGAAGAGCGUCGUAAAGAAACGCAAGCCAAGUUCCAAAACACACUCUCAGAAAUCACCACACUUCUGCAACAGAACAAUGAGAAAAAUGCUAAACUCCGAGAUGACAAUAUUAGCAUGAGCGAAAAGUUCAAGAGUGUCAUGCAGCAGUACCAGCUAAGAGAGCAGCAGGUUGACAAAAUGGCGAAACAAAUGUCGUUAGAAUCUCAAUUAUCAGAUGCAAAACUUCAGAAAGCAUCUCUAGAGCAUCAGGCAGAAAAGGAACGACUCAUGGCCGAGAUGGAUCAAAUCAAAGUAACCCUCACUCAGUACAGGGCCAAAGUCAUGGAGCUACAGGCUAAUGAAACCGCAUUGAAGGGCCAAUUAGCCGUUUACACCGACAAGUAUGAUGAGUUCCAGAAUGCACUGGUGAAAAGCAAUCAAGUGUUUGGUGGAUUCAAAGAACAGAUGGAGAAGAUGUCGAAAAAGAUCCAGAAGUUGGAAAAGGAAUCUCUGUCGUGGAAGAAGAAAUGGGAGACAUCACAGACAGCUUUACUGGAUAUGUGUGGAGAACGGCAGGCCAGUGAGGAGCGAGCAUCUGCAACCGUGAGACAGCUGCAUCAUAUGCAGAGCUUGUGUCGGACAUUGCAGGCGGAGAGGACAUUGUUGCUAAACACACUGAAAGAGAACAACAUCGAGCGUCCGCCGCUGCCCGCCCCCACCCCCGCCCCCGCGCCCGCCCCCGCACCCGCUCCUGCUCACUCCGCUGCUUCUAACGCUAAGGUCGAUGCAAUGGCAGCCAACUGUGUUCAAUUACGACAGAGUCUUGCGCAUUUGCAAAGUCAGUUAAACGUCUUAACGAAUAAAAAUAGCACUAAAGAGGAGCCCGCAAAGCCAGAAAAACAGAAGAAAUCUAAAUCUAAAAAGAGCAAAGCAGAGAAACAAGCACAAAAACUCGCUGCUGAAAAAUGUGAUUCUGCAAAAGAACCAGAGAGCGAUGGUCCCAGUGCUGCCAAAGAAUGUACAGACGAAGUGAAACUUAUUGCCAACGAAAUUGAAGUCCAAAAUGCCGUUGCAGUUGAAAGUCCAGAGGAGAAAAUAGAUGAUAAGACCAUGGAAAGUCUAAUACAAGCUAUAAACAUGGCGAACAUAAACCUUUGCGACUUAAAUGUGAGUGAUGGCGAAGUACCAGAUACGAGUGUUGAAAAAGCCGUUACACCAGAAGUAUUACCAAGUAUUACCGACACUGAAGAAAUAGAAACAGAAGUAGUGCCAAAUAUAAUUGAUUCUGAAAUAAUAAAAGAAUCAAGUGUAAACGAAGCCAUAACUGAAGUCAGUUCCAAAGAGGAAUCCAGUAUUACUGAAGUGACUACCGAAGACACGGCGUCUUCUAGUAUGGUAGAAUUAAGUUCUAAUGAAGAGAUUGCGCAUAUAGAGGAAGUCAAGCCAAUAUCAAAUGAGGAGGCCUAA